AUGUGCUCUCAGCUGUGGCUCCUGGCAGACAGGAAGAUCCUGGAGGACUAUCCUCAGAUGCAGAUCCUGGAAGCCCUGAAGCAGCGCUGCAAGGAACAGGAGCUGGACUUCUCUUUGGUGUUAAUGGAUGAGAUUGCCCUCACAGUCAUUGGUGGCAAGCUGGGCUUGCAAAUUAACCAGAAGAUUGUGACUGCUUACCCUCAGGUGAUACUGGUUCGGGUCCCAACUCCAACAGUGCAAUCCGAUAGUGAUAUUACUGUUUUGCGACAUCUUGAAAAGCUGGGCUGCCGUCUUAUCAAUCGCCCACAAGCCAUUUUAAACUGUAUUAACAAGUUCUGGACGUUUCAGGAAUUAGCCGGACAAGGAAUUCCUCUACCAGAUACUUUCUCCUAUGGUGGACACGAUGAAUUUGCAAAAAUGAUACAUGCAGCGGAACCUCUUGGAUAUCCUGUGGUUGUGAAGAACACUCGAGGACAUCAAGGAAAAGCUGUAUUUCUUGCUCGGGAUAAACACCAUUUGUUGGACAUAUCUCAUCUAGUGCGGCAUGAUUCUCCCUACCUGUUUCAGAAGUACGUGACAGAGUCUCAUGGGAAAGAUAUCCGUGUGGUGAUCGUUGGUGGACGUGUCGUUGGAUCCAUGUUGAGAUGUUCCACUGAUGGCAGGAUGCAGAGUAAUUGCUGCUUGGGUGGCGUGGGCACGGUCUUCCCUCUUAGCGAACAAGGCAAACUAUUAGCUGUGCAAGUGUCAGACAUCCUGGGGAUGGACAUAUGCGGCAUCGAUCUUCUCUUGAAGGAUAAUGGAUCGUUCCUGGUUUGUGAGGCUAAUGCAAAUGUUGGUUUUACUGAAUUUGACCAGGCGUGUAAACUAGAUCUUGCCGGUAUAAUUGCAGAUUAUGCAAUAUCGCUUCUCCCCAGAAGGCCAUCAAAAGAGUCGUCUCUGCUAUCUCCAUUAUCCAGCCCCCCAGAAAUCAAUGAGACAAAAGCACUUGCAUCUGCCAGCGCUCACACGACCGGUGAUGGAUCACACUGUAGUAAUAGUGUUUCUGAUGUAAAGGAAAUCAGGGAUUCUAUCAAUGCGCCAAAGCCAUGUUCCCCAAUACAAACAGAUAGCAUCUGUAAUGAUGUCGCAGAGUAAACUACCUCUUCAUUACCGAUGUAAAUGAAUGCACUUAUCAAUCACAGUGGCCAACUUGGCUCAA